AUGCAUUCGAGAACAAGGACCGAUCGUAGUAGCCGAUUAUCGGUUGCUGCCCCUCGAUUUUCCGAGGACAGCACCUAUAAUGGAGGUUUCAUAGUCACAACAGACAAGGCCGCCCUCAGUCGGUCGAUCCAGCGUCGGAGCAUCUUGGAGGAACUUAUCGCCACCGAAGAAAAUUAUAUCGGUGAUGUGUACAUGACAACCUUUGCCUCGCUGCCCUCGAUAUCGGCCGGGCUUAGAUCUUCCAUCAACCGCAAUCUUACUGAGAUCGUGGAACUGCACGAAGAAAUCCUAGGCGAGUUACAUCGCGUUGUCCCCAACUCGGAGUACACCCAAGCGGAGCUUCUGAAACAGCCGGAGAUGCUUCGGCCCAAGACCCACCAACGCUGGCGGAGCCUGGACUCGGUUCCGGAAAACGCCAAGCAUAUAUCAUGGCUACAGCGCAUCCCCGGAAUGAUUGCCGAUGCCCAAGUCGCAGAAGAGGUUGCCAAAAUUUUUGCCUAUUCAAAGAGUGUGUCGAUAUCCUUUGCUUUUGCGGAGCUUCUCAAGUAUACGACAGUAGACGAUUGUGCCAAUUCGCACAUGGAAGUAGAGAAUACACUGAUUCGGCUUCGCGAGGCAACGGCGGAGAUCAACCGUGCCACCGACGACGCGAGGAUGAAGUCUAUCCUAGAAAAACAUGGACACUCCAGGACCGCCUUGUCUUCUCCAACCAGGAUCCCCAUUUUAGCCCCAUCUCGCGCGGAGAGGGCAAGGCUAGAGGCUUUACUCGCCGAUGUCUGGAGUCGCGAUAUCCUCCCUUUUCCCGGCAUGACCACGAGAUCGAGGAGCGAGCAUCUCGUCCGUACAUCCGCGUCCUCCAUGAUGCGGAGGCUAAGCGUUGCAAGCAUCACGGGCUCUUUUGGCCGUCGGCCGGGUAGCCUCACAAGCCUCCCUAAAGCUUCGGCCGAUACAGAAACGGGAGAGGGAGACGAUGGCAGCUGGAACGCAUCUCACCAGGACCCUGACACCCCGAUCGAGUGGAAGUCGCCUUUUGGGGAAGAAUCCGGUCUUCCCAUGAUCCAGGAUGAGAAUGAGGCUAGAACGCCAGAUUGCGCUGAUACGCCGCCAUCACCGCGCAGUAUUACUCAUGUUGAAUCCGCGGAAGGCCUAUAUAUGCGCACUAUCCGAAGACGUAGCCCCGGCCCGCCAAUGGCCGUCAUUCAGACUAGGCGAGACUUGGAUGCACAAGAUACGACCCGAAUAUCUACGCAGACGAGACCUAGAACUGAACCUAGCGGCUUCCAACAAUCUGGCCAGGGGCUCCUUUCGGCACCGGUGUCGUCAGAAAAGGAGAAUCUACAACCGGACAAGAUUGUAGGAAUAGGCCUUGUGUUCUAG